AUGCCUGGGGGGCAUAAGAUUGACCCCAACUCUGCCUCCAAGCCUUUGCCUAACUCACAACACGGCAUCGAGCUCGCAGGCUUCCUGCAGCCCAACAAGCCUUCUCUUUGGACUCACCAAACUCUAUCUGAAAAGCACGCAGAAACCAACAAAAAAAAUAUGAGUGAGCUUUCGGCUAACGCGCCGGGCGUGCUGCAAGGCCUCUCUGGCAACGCCGGCAAUGGGGCCAGCUUGCAGGAUGAUCUCCGCGACCUGGAAGACGAUUUCGGUGAUUUGGGCGAUGAGGACGAAGGAGCUGGCGACCAGGAGGAAGCAGCUGGCGACAACAACGAUUCAGAAGACGAGAUCCUUGGAGAUGUUGAUGUCGACGACAUUGGUGACGAACAGGAUGAGGAGCACGAUUUUGUGCGCUCCAUCGCUAUUACCGAUGAGCUGACUUGCCUCCACAAGAGCCUCCGCGACCAUUACUCUAUCCGCUUCCCCGAACUGGAGUCCCUUGUCACAACUCCCAUCAAAUACGCUAAGACUGUCGCGAUCCUGCUUAAUGGGCCUCUCAACGACAUCAAGACUUUGGCCGCCACCUCGGAAAACCUGGCUGGCGAGCCACUCAGCGCCGUCCUUGACGGACCAUCCCUGAUGGUGGUCGCAGUCGAAGGAACUACUACCCGAGGCCGCGAUAUGUCCGAGAAAGAGUUGAACCGCGUUUGCCGCAUCUGCCAGAAGAUCUUGAAGCUUGAUCGCCAACAUCUCGAGAUCACUGAGCGCAUUAAGUCGCGCAUGGCCGACACCGCUCCAAACUUGGCCGCUAUUAUCGGAACUGAAACCGCUGCGCAGUUCUUGAACGCAGUUGGAGGUCUGGCCCAACUUUCUGCACUUCCUGCUUGCAACCUGGGUGCCAUAGGCUCCCGCCGUCAGGAGGGAACCGGCUUCGCGACCAACCAUGGUGUUCGCGCUAAAGGAUAUCUCUACGACUCCCCUAUCUUUGAAAACAUCCCGGAGGAUAACAUGAAGAAGGGUAUUCGAAUUGUGGGUGGCAAGAUGAUGCUUGCUGUGCGCGUGGAUGUCGCUAAACAGCACCGCGAUGGCUCUUAUGGUCUGGAAUUGAAGGAGCAGUGUCUCACCAAGCUAGAUAAGCUGAGUGCACCCGCCCCGAACUCCAGCGCCAAGGCUCUCCCCGCUCCUGACGAGAAGGGUUCUACGAAGCGCGGUGGCUGGCGCGCCCGCAAGGCCAAGGAGGCCACCACUAUGACUGAGAUGCGAAAGGCGCAGAACCGCAUCGCCUUUGGCCAGGAGGAGGCCGAGGUCGGAUUCGGCACUGGCUCUGGAACCGUUGGACUUGGUAUGCUCGGACAAGAGAACCAAGGCAACAUUCGCGCCACCCAAAUCGACAAGCGCACUGCGGCCAAGCUCAGCAAGAACAAUCAAGGCUGGGCCACCAACGCCACUGGCAACAGCAAUGCAUCCCUGGACCACUUCACCCCUGGAGCCAGCGGAAUCGCCAGUUCUCUCCAAGCUCGUGGUCUGCGUCAGUCCGGCGUUGGAUCCCAGACUGAGGCAGCCGGCACAGCUAGUACUAUUGCCUUCACCCCCGCUCAAGGCCUCGAAUUGGUCGACCCCAAGGCCCAGGCUGAGCUUAAACGCAAGCGUGAAGAGGAGGAAAACCGCUGGUUCAGCUCCGGCACGUUCACCCAGGCGCCUAACCAGGGCAGCGACCAGAACGGCGGUUUUAAGGUGCCCGCCCUCCCCAACAAGAGGGCCAACACAGGCAACGGGGCGAUGGGUCCGCCCAAGUAA